CACCGAAGGAAGGAAGAGGAGCGGGACUGAGCGCUAGCUCGGAAAGAUCAGUUUUAGAGAGAAAUGCCCAUUGUAAAAGAGCCGGUGGUAUACUGCUUUGGCAUUUUAUCCAAUAUAGAACAUGAAAAACUUCAGUGGAAACUGUGGAAGAAAUAUUUAAGUGAUUCUGCAGAAAAGACCAAGCCAAAGAAGGUACAAAAAAACCCUUUCCAACUUACAGAGGAAUUCAUUGAGGAUUUCAAUGACUCACUAAAAACAGAUGACAAAGAAGAUUUCAUAGAGCUAGCUAGAAAAAUGCUUGCCAGAUGCAAGAGGAGAUCAGGUCUCUGCGCAUUAGGCUGUGGGAAGCAUGUGGACCUUCCAGUUGCAUGGACUGAGACUGUUAUGUUAUCCCAGUGCAAAGGAGAAAUCCAGGAAGAAGCUUUGGACAUACUUUUAAUUUCCUUGGACCAUGCACCUGUUUCCCCAGACCACAUCCCAGCUUUAUUUUUUGUUGCGGAAUCCAUUUUGUAUAGGAUCUGUUAUGAUGCAGUUCAGAAGCCAUAUCUGUUUUCCUGUGAAAUCAAGUUGUCCAAGGUUGGUUUUUUGGUUUUUUUAAGGCUUCUGAUUUUACAUCUUUCGGGUUACUUGGAGUUUUGUGGAGAACAGAAAUCUAGACUUAAUAUGAGCUUAAAAGCAUUAGCGGCUUGUGAGAUCGCUUACCAGCUGUAUCCAAACAUCAGUUUCACGGUGAAUUUUAUGCUGAAGGCUGGAGAAACUAUCUGUGAAAGUGCAAUACUUUCUGAUUCAGCCUUAGCAUCUGAUGCAAAUUUGGAAGAAGUUCAGAAGGAGACAUUUCAGGACACGUCACUCACCAGUACUGGCACACUAUUUGUGUUAAAUUCUGGAUCAAAGCAAUCCCAAAUUAAGCCGUUUCUUUGGCACAGUCUGCUUGUUUGGGUUUGUGUACAUAACAGCUGCUCUGAGAUAGAUGAAGUGCUCAAGCAUGUCCUAUUCUAUAAGGAACAGCUUCAUCAGAAAGACUGGUUGGAAUCAUUAUUAGCCUUGAUGGUCCUGGGAGAGGCUGCCAAAUUAAACAUGUCCUGCUUGAAAGUUUUAAUGGACCUAGUGAGAGAUUUUAUUUCAGGCUCUAUGCCUCUUCAGAAGCAGCCAAAGAGUAACAUAAUAAAGCUCUCAUGUUGGAAGUGGCAAGUGGGAUACUUAUAUACCAAUAUACUCAGAGAAAUCUGUUUGCGUGGAAUUAGUGCAGAUUUGCAAAAAACUGCUUUUCUUGGAUUCUGUGAUUGUGCAGAGCAAUUUAAAAAUGGCAAGGAGUUAAGAGGUGCAAGUUUUCUUGAUCUUCUGCACUAUUACCCAUCAGCUGAUGACAGUCAUGACCCAUUCUGGGUUAUUCGUUAUGGUGUGGUCUAUAAUCUAGUUAUCCUGCAUAGUGAACUCUCUGGAGAUGCGAUUCGAGAAGGAUUACGAAAUGCUGUGUGGAAAUCUUUACAGAAACAAAAGGUCAUUGAAAAGGAGGGUCAGGUCUUGGAUGCUUUGAAAGUAGCAGAGGUUGAAACCAAAGGUGUGACAAACCCAUUUCUUGAAGGCAGAGGGAAAGUUCCAGCAGCUCCCAGAGAACGCCCUUCUUCCCAGUAUAUAGGGUGGAGAAUCACCACUGCCUUGUCUCAUCAUUUCCUGCCACCUAUUGGGCCAGAUAUCCCUUUGCCACACCAGCCUGUUUGGAAGCCACAGUUAGUGCUAUACCAAGAACCAAAAAUAUCUGUUAAGCAGAAGAAAUAUGCACGCCAGUCUAUAAGGGAAAAUUUUUUGCAGCCAAAGGUACCAAAACAUCCAGAUUUCUUUACUCGCACUGAUAAGCAGCUAAAGAAAAUAAUUGAUGAUCAGUGGGAAAAGGAAUUACGGAUGAGACUUGAGUUAGAAGAACAGCUGCAGCAGCUAGAGCUUAAGGAAAUACAAAAACUGGAAGAGGAACGCUUCAGACGAAUAACGAAAUGGAGGUGGGCAAAGCUGCACAAGACAACAAAACCAUAUGAGCUUUCCUUGCAGUGUGAAGAGGAAGAGAAAGACCUGACAGAGGAAAGUGGUAGCACUGAAUUGACAAAUGUGUUGGAAGCAUCACAUAUCUGGGAACCAGGCCUCUAAGGAACAGAUUCCUCAUUGCAAGCAAAUAUGUGCCAAGCUUAAAAAUACUUUUUAAAAAUAAAAGGCUGUCUCUGGAGGUGAUGAUUUUGAUCAGAGAAAUGGCUGGGCGAGGGAGCACUUAGCCCUUUCCCUACCAGCUGUUUUCUCAUGGAGCUCCAGAUGUGUUUAUAAAGGUAAAGUCAUAUCUUGAGUCCUGCCGAGGGGAAGUGAAGCAGAUCAAUGGAGGAGUGAUUUUGAAUGGAAAAAAGCAGCCAGUGGAGAAAAGGUUAAACACUCCUCUAUCCAAAGUUCCUCCACUUAGAACUAUAGAUUCUUGGUGAUGUUUUUAAUUCAAUAUAUCUGCCAGGGCAUUGCUAUACACACUUGCAUGUAACGUGUAGUCUGUCCCUAAUUCAGAUUUCCUCCUCUGAAAUAAAAGCAAGCACAAUGUUUAUGGGAAAGGUUUUUCAUAGUGAUCAGUUUCUGGAUCUUUGUUUCUCAGAUGUUCAGCAUAAAGUUAAGAAGAAACCACAUUGAUUAAGACUAUUAUAUGAUUAACAUCUCUGCUGCCAUCCUUAAGCCCUCCCUCUCCUUUAUUCUCCUUUGUCAUACUAUAGCUUCAUUUGUGCCAGCCUUGCUUGU